AUGGGCAUUGAUGAGCAACACUACAAGCGUCAUCACGACAUUGCCGAGCGCUUACGAGCCGUCUAUGAGAGUUGUGGCGAGAUCGACUGGAACAUCGUGCCGGACGAAUCUGAGCUAGACGAACGUGGAAGAGCGAGAGAUCUCGGCGAUGAGGACACUCCAUCCUCAAAGCGUGAGCGGAAGGAUGCAAAGCGUCUAGCAAGAGCGGCUAGUAGAUCUAGAGUCAUUACGCAGGAGGAGAUUAGAUACAUCGACUCUGUUGUACAUUCAGCUGAGGGCAUAACGAGCAACGACGCCGACGGGCCGCGGAAUCCGGAAGAGAUCGAGGAGAUUGAGCGACAGCUUCGUGUAGGUGCCGAGUCUGUUGUUUUGGUAUCUACUCUGUCCAAAUUACUGACUACUCCACAGUACCACGCCCAUGUAUACAGCACGAAAGUCGGCCGCAAGGGAAUCAGAAAGCUCGCCGAGGCACCUGUCGAGUCUCUAAACGUUGACUUCGAAGCCGAAAUGGACCGCAUCUUGGAAACCUUCCGUAUCAACGAGCUACUCAGGCGUAACACCAAAACGAAGGGUCUACAAGGGAAAGAACUCAAGAUGUUCCAAGGCCUCGUCGACACGUUCAAGCACGCCAUCCUGGAGGACAUCGUUCUGGUCAAGAAAGACAAUGCCGAAGUGCGAAUGCGACGAGCAGGCUAUCUCCGAUACACUAGUAAGACCGCGUACGGUAUUGUAGAAGAGAGGUAUACUGGAAAGGACUGGAAAACUGGAGAGAAGUUUGCGUCUAGUCUGAGUGAUUUUAGUGGCGGUAUCACCCCCACGGAUGAGACUGCUCCACUGGUCAGUGAUCAGGACGAUGACCAGUCGCCGCCGCGGUCUAGUACCCUUGACAUCUCCGACCGAAGGCAUCUUGAGAGCAACCACAAGCGCGUGAACGGCGACGAUGGACUCUACCAUGCAGAUAUCGAGCCCUAUCAUACUCCGCUAUUACCUUUGCCGCCCGCCCCAACCUUGAACAGACAGUCGGCUGCGGUUCUGGUGAUCAACGUCAAGGCUCCAGAGCGGGGGCCGACUACAGUGCCUGGCAGGAUCAAGAAGUCACAACAAGCUCCUGAUGGAUGGCAAGUCGUCACAAAUGGAGUGACGCCAACAAAAUCGGUAGCAAAGACGCGCGCUUGGGGUAACAUUCCAAGUAAGCCUCCGGCUCGUGCUCCUCGGCCUGGACCGACUCCAUGGCUUUCCGAUUCGCGCGACUUCCCAAACCUCUCAGCCUCGCGGAGCUCUUCAAAUGAGCCUUAUAGCCCAGCUCCAGCAGUGAAGCCUCCGAAGGCUUGGGGUAUGUCAGUACCCGAGAGUUUUACGACCGGGACAGAAGACUCUGCCAACGGCCAUCCCGCAAUCUCGCAGAGGAAGAAGGCUAAGAAGGCACGAGAGGCGAAGCGCAAGGCAAAGAAGCAGUCUAUACCGGAGGCAGCUAUCAGUCUUCCUGAUCUCCGAAACGAAGCCACUGAAGACGUCUAUGACGUGGGUGACGUCUUAGCACAAUCUGCUUCCAUGCUACCUGAGACUAUACUCUACAACAAGGACCACGAUAGUUCUCAAGAUGUGCUACCGUACAAGGAGAGCGCCAAUGAUCACGAUGCUUCCACCGAGGUAGUAUCAGAGCCAAUCUCCACGGACACGACAUUCGCUCAGGGAGUGUCUCCAGUACCUCUGCCUGAACCUGUACUACCUAUCACAAAACACGGCAAGCACAUGCACUGGAUUAGCACGGGACCUUUCAACCGCCUCCGUGGAGAGAAACUACUAUCACUGUACGAGAAGGAUCAUCGGACCAAGGGCCGCUUGAUGCUAGUAGACGAUGACCUGAUCAGCUAUCUCAUGGAAGACCCUACUAGUCGAGCGCGCAAUCGCAGCCCAGAUGGCGUACCUGACCGUUUGCAGAAGGAGUACGACAACGUUAAGAAUGGCUUCAAUCCUGGAGCACUAAUGGCUCAAGAGCUUCGAUUCGAGCGACUUUAUGCAAAGAACGGAUUGAACAAAGAGGAGCUCACUCAGGUCAUGUUACAGGAUAUCCAGCACAACGAACUCGAGCGUUCAGGUACGGAGCGCAUUUGCUACUGUCGUGCUACCGCACCAAAGGGCGGAUUACUCGCGAAGGACACUGUCGUUUGCUCACAUCGCGACUGUACUACUACGUACUUUCACAAGUCAUGUGUAAAGAAGCUCGGUGUGGAGAAGGUGUCGCGCUGGUACUGCACAUCAUGUGAACAGCAGAUGAAGAUACUCGCAUGUCAGACGCUACGUGGACUAGGCUAUACUGAUUACCCCACGGAGCAUCUUUGCAGCUCUUCAUAUGGGCUGAACGCGGAAGAUUUCGAAGGAAUGUUUGACGAGAAGUUUAGGCAGAUGAUGAGCUCACCCGACAUGGACUACCUGACACUGCUACCUCCCGAGAUUAGAGAUAAGGUUAAAGAACUUGGUGGGCUGCCUUCCAUGCCUGCACAGUUACAGAAGCAACUGAAAGAGAAGAUUAGGGCUCUUGGCGUCCAGUUAGCGGGAGCCGACCUUGACUUCCCGAUAUCUGGUGAGAUGCGACGCGGGCUUUGA